CCAGUUAUCGAAAAAAAGUGAAGCGUAAAAACUAAACGGUACUUGGAAAAUUUACUUUGCCUGUGUGCGUGCUUCUGUUUAUGAAAACUACGUUUUUAAGCAUUUGCAAUUGAUGCAACGUUGCUUUGGAAGGCAAGAAAACACCAAGUGGAAACGCCCGGGUGGCGGAAAUCGACUUCCAGUGCGCGAGUGCGAGAUUGUGUGUGUUUCGUUCCGUCCUCUGGUGUCUGGCACCUUAACACAACAACAACUACAGCAGCAGCAGCAACAACAACAAUAGCAAGCAGCAACAACAACACACGCACAAUAAUAAGAAGGCCUGUGACGUUGUCGCUGCCGUCACCAUCUAAAGGAAAAUACCAAAACGAGUAGGAAAACAAACCGCAGUGCAGUAGGGAAAGCAAAAGUCGGGUUUUUUUUUUUACAAAACUAGGUCCCUCAUUAGCUUGUCCCUAGGGUUAGUGAAACAGCCUCAACACGAAUUACCUACCGUUUGUUCUUCAGCGGCGAUCGACUGUGGUUGCCAGCGCCCCAGCGCCAGGAUCUGCCUCUAGGAUCCCGGAAUCGCCCACCACCACAGGGAGCAACAUCAUUAACAUCAUCUACAGCCAAUCCACCCAUCCAAACAGCAGCCCCACCAGCGGCAGUGCAGAGAAAUUCAGCUGGCAGCAAUCCUGGCCAAGCAGGACCUCCGCGGCCCCUACACACGAUUCCGGAACCAUGUCAAUAAACACAACUUUCGACCUCAGCUCGCCCAGCGUUACAUCGGGUCAUGCGCUUACGGAACAGACUCAGGUCGUAAAGGAGGGGUGGCUGAUGAAGAGGGGCGAGCACAUAAAGAACUGGCGCCAGCGCUACUUCGUGCUCCACUCCGAUGGAAGACUGAUGGGUUACCGCAGCAAGCCGGCAGAUAGUGCCAGCACGCCAUCGGACUUCCUGCUCAACAACUUUACGGUGCGCGGCUGCCAGAUCAUGACCGUCGAUCGGCCCAAGCCAUUCACCUUCAUCAUCCGCGGCCUGCAAUGGACCACGGUAAUCGAAAGGACAUUUGCCGUCGAAUCAGAAUUAGAGCGCCAGCAGUGGACGGAGGCCAUUCGCAACGUAUCCAGCCGGCUCAUAGAUGUGGGUGAGGUGGCUAUGACGCCAUCUGAACAGACAGACAUGACAGACGUGGACAUGGCCACCAUUGCCGAGGACGAGCUUUCCGAGCAGUUCUCCGUACAGGGAACGACUUGUAAUAGCAGCGGCGUUAAGAAAGUGACUUUGGAGAAUUUUGAGUUCCUCAAGGUGCUCGGCAAGGGCACCUUUGGUAAGGUUAUUUUGUGUCGCGAGAAGGCUACCGCCAAGCUGUACGCGAUCAAAAUUCUUAAAAAGGAAGUUAUUAUCCAAAAGGACGAGGUGGCCCAUACCCUGACCGAGAGUCGUGUGCUCAAGUCCACAAAUCAUCCGUUCCUCAUUUCACUCAAAUAUUCGUUUCAAACCAACGACCGCCUGUGUUUUGUGAUGCAGUACGUGAACGGUGGCGAGCUCUUUUGGCAUUUAAGCCACGAACGCAUAUUUACUGAGGAUCGAACACGUUUCUAUGGGGCAGAGAUCAUUUCUGCUCUGGGCUAUCUGCAUUCACAGGGCAUAAUUUAUCGCGACUUAAAGCUGGAAAAUCUUUUGCUGGACAAAGAUGGUCACAUAAAGGUCGCAGACUUCGGUCUGUGCAAGGAGGACAUCACCUACGGCCGCACAACGAAAACCUUCUGCGGUACACCGGAAUACCUAGCUCCGGAAGUAUUAGAUGACAAUGAUUAUGGCCAAGCGGUGGACUGGUGGGGCACUGGCGUGGUCAUGUACGAGAUGAUCUGUGGUCGUCUUCCGUUUUACAAUCGUGAUCAUGAUGUGCUCUUUACAUUGAUUUUGGUGGAGGAGGUAAAAUUCCCGCGUAAUAUCACAGAUGAGGCGAAAAAUCUGUUAGCAGGCCUUCUAGCUAAGGAUCCCAAAAAGCGUUUGGGAGGUGGAAAGGAUGAUGUCAAGGAGAUACAAGCACAUCCAUUCUUUGCGAGUAUUAACUGGACAGAUCUAGUGUUGAAAAAAAUACCGCCGCCUUUCAAGCCUCAGGUGACAUCCGAUACGGAUACAAGGUACUUCGACAAGGAGUUUACGGGAGAGAGUGUGGAGUUGACGCCGCCGGAUCCCACUGGCCCGUUGGGCUCCAUAGCCGAAGAGCCGCUUUUCCCGCAGUUCAGCUACCAAGGAGACAUGGCCUCCACGUUGGGCACCUCGUCGCACAUUAGUACUUCCACAAGUCUCGCAUCGAUGCAAUAGAACAAGUUUACAAACUUUUACCAGCACACAUCAUGUUCUGCUUCAUCACCUAUUACUAUACUAUACCUAUAACACAUAGAAAUGGGCAAAAGAAAACAACAGCAAGAAUAUAUUAAAUAUUAAUUAUACCAUGAUAACGAAGGCAAGCAAAGGGUUUUCUUGCUAGUUUAUAUACACCAAUAAUAAGAGAAUUGAAUUGAUAGUAACUUAUUUUUGUAUAAUGAGAAAGGGAACGUUGAACGAAAGGGCAACAGCCGAAGCCGAGGAAAAUAAUUUACUACAUAUGAUUAUACACAUAUAUAUAAAUAUAUAUAUAUAUAUAUAUAUAAUUAUAUAUACAACUAAAUAUAACACUUGGGGCAUAGCGCUUGAAGUGAUUAGUUAAUUUUAAACGCAAGGAAAACAUUUAACCAAGCGACUUAGAGCGACUUAGUGCUAGGAUAAAGCAUGCAUCAUCGGAUCGCAUCCUCUAGGGGUCGCUUAAGCUGAUUGAUUAUACAGAUUAUUCACGCAGACAGCACUCACACAGCCACUUAGCAUAUAGCGAACAUGAAGUUUAGUUAACUUGACAGCAACAAAUCGAAAUACACAUAUUCAACAACCGCCCCCACAUGCAACACUCGUAUAUAUAAAUUAUUUAUACUCCAAAGAAGCAAAAAAGAAACAGAAACAAUUACAAGUUAUAUAUAAUGUUAAAAUUGCCUCUAAUGUGCUGUGCUUUAUGCAAAACUACAACAACAGAAACAAACAAACUAAUAGUUAAUAAACGAGGGAAACAUACAUCAAUGCAGUUUAUAGGCGCCAAUAAUUAGCAAGCAACUAAAAGUUAUAUUCAGGCAGAAACAUAUUUCGAAACAAUAACGGCAACAGCAAAAUGAUUACAAUUGACGCCAUUUUUUAUUAUAAUUUUUUACGAAAAAUAUAUAUUUGUAAAUAUUUAUAAAAAAAAAGCAAAAACUCAAGAGUAAAUGCAAAAAAAAAACAAAGGAUGUAUGUGUCGUGUGGAAAAUGGAAGUCACCAUUUGAGGCCACAGAAAAGGUUUAACCUUUGACACAAUAAAAAAUGUAUCUUUGUCAUUUCAUUUUUGGCAUUGAAAAGUUCAUAACAAGUUUUGUAUACUUAGAGCAAGUCAGCAAAAAAUAUAUAUAAAUCAACCACAACAGACUUACAAAUAGUUCCAAAAGGAAGAUUAAAAAUUAUAUAAACAGAAAAAAAACCUAAAAGAAAAUAAAGAAUUUUUGAUAUUUUUAUAUGCGCAAUAAAAACAAAAAUCAAGAAUAAAACGAAACAAAAAGUUAUUUUAUAUUUCGUAAAGAAAACAAAAUAAAUAUUGUAAAUAAAAAUUAUUAAAUAAAAUCAAGUUCGGGAAUUUCAACUGAAAACAAAGAAAUUGAAAGCAUAAUCUCUCUUCUAAAUGUUAAACGAAACCUAUCACUCGAUGAUUACAAUAAACAGCAAAUCGAAAACGAAGGGAUAUAGAAACGAAAAGAAAAUGCCAAAGAAGCGGCGAAGUUAGGUGGAACUCGAGGAGAACCGAGAAUUGAGGAGCCAGCAAGUCGGGAUGUUUCGGUUGGAGUCUUGGACAUGUGACGAUGAUGGUUCCAAAUCAUGACUAGGAACGAACUAACUAGCUAAAGCCAGCCUAUGCUGAGGAGAGAUAUCAGAUAGCUCCGAUUGAACCAAUCUUUAUAUCCUUGAACAGCUUAAAGUCCUUGCUUUCUGCUCACCAAGUUUGCGGCUGACAUCUAGGCUAGCCAAUAUCAAUCUCAGAUCGAUCAAGCAAUACAUAGACAAAAUAUAGAACCCCUAAGCAUGGCUUAAUAGACAUACAACCCGAGAAUCGACUUCAACAAGCCCAAUAACCCUUCUGACAGACUCGUUAGGCAAGUCUGCCAGCCAAGGGGCAACCAGCUAGAAAUCUAAAGCAAAGACUUAGAAAUCGGUUAGGGACAUCCGAAGCAAAUUGAAUACUAGCCUUAGUGAACGUCAACAUCUCUGGUAUCCCAAAUCGAAGCAUUUUCUACCCGUCGAAGGGGACGAAAGAGACCUUUCAAAAUAGUUGUCUAAGUUUACUGAGUUGUGUGAGACAAUUUUUGGUUUCGAUUAAAAAAAAAAAAACAAAAACUUACACGAACUGCAAACUACAAUGUGUUCUAAAGCGAUAUAAUAAAACAACAUGGUUUAAAAUUGACUAUAUAUAGAAAGAAACCGAGAGAGAUAUAACCAGUCAGAUCAUAGAUCAUCUCGAGCAACUUGAGUUGUUUUUUGUAUUGUAAAAUAGAAAAAGAUAAACCCGUUCCAACAACCGAGAUCCAGAUCCAGAUCCAGCCCCCAAUACUAACCGAAAAUUUGAUUAGGAGUAAUUUUUGAUAGGCGAAAAUGCGAGUUUCGCACAGUUUUAAUUAUUAAUUAUAUUAAAUAAAGAUAAUAAUGACUAAGCUGAUUUAUAAAACGAUUCAAGAUCGAACUAAAACAUACAUAUACAUGCAUUCAAACCAAGUUUAUUAUACAGUGAAAACAUAAUAAUAAAACUACAUAAAACCAAACUACUAUGC